CUCCCCACUCAGGUGUCCGCCUCUGUCCAAUCAGCUGAGGUGGAACUCUAAAUUUCAUAGUAAAAACAACAAAGUCACAAAGGAAAACUUGAAUGUUUACUCUAAAGCUGUUUGCCCGGGGGUGUGCUGGACGUACUACAGCCAAUCGUAUCUUUGGGGCCGGUUUCAGGUGUUGAGCAGCGGUAUAACAACAGUCCCUCGCAUCUCUCAAUCACUACCUGUACAGGUGACUAUCGGUUCUACACUUCUCUAUUUUCUUUCUCAACUCAACCAAUCAACCAACUACUGCCAUGUCUAGGAACAGAGCCUUCAGCAUGUUCGGUGGGGCCGGGGGAAGAGGCUCCAGGGUGUCUGUGGCCAGUCUGGAGGGGCUACGUAACGCCAUGCGUUCUGACCCGGAGAAUUCGAAGGAGGUCUCUCCUGCCCCCGGGCCCGCCCCGGAUGAUAAGAAGACCAUGAAGGGUCUCAACGACCGUCUGUCCGGCUACCUGGGCAGGGUGAGGAACGUGGAGGAAGCCAACAAAGAUCUGCAGGACCAGAUUCAGGACAUCUUGGACAAGAGAGGAGACCCCAACGGCCGCGACUGGGAUGUGGUUGAGAAACCAUUGAAUGACCUCAGGAAGAAGCUCCGUGACAUGACCAUGGAUAAUGCACGUUUGUUACUGCAAAUGGACAACAGCAAACUGGCCAAUGAUGACUUCAAAAACAAGCUUGACAACGAGAAGCAGGCCAGGAAGACUGUGGAGAAGGACCUGAUUGGUCUGAAGAAGGUGAUGGACGACAUCAACCUGAACCGCAUGCAGCUGGAGAGCCAGAUCGAGUCUGUGAAGGAAGAGCUCGCCUUCCUCAAGAAGGACCAUAAGGAUGUAAGGGCACACACUCAUUCACCCACCGUUCCCGGAACAGUUUUGAGAUUUACCUCAUAAUGGUUAGGUUUAUAGCUGGGAAUGGGAGAGAUGAUCCUAGGUUACAUGUAAGAUUAGAUUCUGUGAAACAAGGACUGGAGUUCUAAGGAAUUGUGACUAUGGCAUGAGGCCAGGUAUCAGCAGGUAGCCUAGUCAAGACAGAUGUGUACAGCCAUAACAGACAUUUUGGUGACCUUUUCUGCUGCUUUUCAGACACGGUUGGAUCCCACCCUGAAGCACUACUUGUGUACUAAUUAAAACUCUAAACAAUCACAACACAGUCACUAUUGGUCACUCUAUUAUGGAUUAUUAUUGUAAUAUCUAUUCAUUAUAGAACGUUGUCAGUUAUUAAAGAGUAUACAGUAUUUGUUAACCGCACUGUAGAGAUUUGUAGACCUAGAUAUCUCCAAUCCUAAAAGCACACAUAAAGUAACCUAUUCCAAUGUAUUUACAUAUUUACAUAGUGUGUGUGAGAGAGAGUUAGGAGAGUGUGUGUGCAUUUUGUGUUAAAUUUUUCCGUGUCAGCCACCCAUCUCUGCUUUUCUGCCUUAUAAAAAGCUGAGGUCUGGAACUCCCUCCAGGUCACCCCUCUCUCUCCAUUCCUUGGCCUUGGUUGCCUGACGACUCACCCUGAAUGUAAUUCCUCUGCUCUAUCGAUCGCUACAUACAUUCAUUGUGGAGAAGAAACGUCAGUUUGGCCAGGAACAAUGUGGAUGGUUAGCCAGGGAACGACCUUGGUAUAUAAAAACAUUUUUGCAGGACAAUAAACAUAUCAGCCUGCCACUCCUGGGAACCAUGUUCAUACAGUUGAAGUCGGAAGUUAAAAUACACUUA